GGGUCGGUUGGUCGUCGCCGUCUAAGGUGUGCCCUGGGUUUGCCUCGCCGUCGCUGCAGUCCAGUCCCUGCGCCCUCCGCUUUGGCCGCGGCCCAGCCGCUCUCCCUGCCUUCCUCUCAUUAAACAUCCCCCUGCCCCCGCUUUCUGCCGUCGGGGCCCAGGGGCAGGGCUAAUGAUGCCAUCGGAGAGCGGAGCGGAGAGCCGGGACCGGGCGGCUGCACAGGUGGGGACGGCUGCGGCCUCGGAGGUGGCCACAGCGGCCCCGGCAGGCGGCGGCCCCGACCCGGAGGCCUCGUCGGCCUCCCUCGGACGGCACUUGAGUGGGCUGAGCUGGCCCCAGGUGAAGCGGCUGGACGCGCUCCUGAGCGAGCCGAUUCCCAUUCACGGGCGCGGCAACUUCCCCACGCUGAGCGUGCAGCCCCGGCAGAUCGUCCAGGUCGUCCGCAGCAGCCUAGAGGAAAGGGGGCUGCGUGUGCACGGUGUGCGGCUGCACGGUUCGGCUGCUAGCCACGUGCUGCACCCCGAGAGUGGCCUGGGCUACAAGGACCUGGACCUGGUGUUCCGCGUGGACCUGCGCAGCGAGGCAUCCUUCCAGCUUACCAAGGAAGUGGUGCUGGCCUGCCUGCUGGACUUCCUGCCUGCCGGUGUGAGCCGGGCAAAGAUCACGCCCCUGACACUCAAGGAGGCCUACGUGCAGAAGCUGGUAAAAGUGUGCACGGACACGGACCGCUGGAGCCUCAUCUCGUUGUCCAACAAAAGCGGCAAGAACAUGGAGCUCAAGUUCGUGGACUCGGUCAGGCGCCAAUUCGAGUUCAGCAUAGACUCCUUCCAGAUCCUGCUGGACUCCCUGCUGCUCUUCGGCCAGUGCUCAUCCACACCCAUGUCCGAGGCCUUCCACCCGACAGUGACAGGCGAGAGCCUGUACGGGGACUUCGCCGAGGCCCUGGACCACCUGCGGCACCGCGUCAUCGCCACACGCAGCCCCGAGGAGAUCCGCGGGGGCGGCCUCCUCAAGUACUGCCACCUGCUGGUGCGGGGCUUCCGGCCGCGGCCCAGCACCGACGUGGGCGCCCUGCAGCGCUACAUGUGCUCCCGCUUCUUCAUCGACUUCCCGGACCUGGCGGAGCAGCAGCGCACGCUGGAGCGCUACCUGGAGGCCCACUUCAGCGGGGCCGACUCGGCGCGCCGCUACGCCUGCCUGGUGACGCUGCACCGGGUGGUCAACGAGAGCACCGUGUGCCUCAUGAGCCACGAGCGCCGCCAGACGCUGGACCUCAUCGCCACCCUGGCGCUCCAGGCACUGGCUGAGCAGGGCCCGGCGGCCACCGCCGCCCUGGCCUGGCGCCCUCCAGGCCCCGACGGGGUCGUGCCGGCCACUGUCAAUUACUACGUGACCCCCGUGCAGCCUCUACUGGCCCGGGCCCACGCCUCCUAUCCCACCUGGCUGCCUUGUAACUGACUCGGACCCUGGCCAGAAAGGACCAGGCCUCCCCAGAUGGAGUGGGGCCUCCAGCAGUGUGUGGAGGACAUGACCAGAGACAGGCAGCCUGUACCAGGUGGCCCAGCACUGCUGCAGGGCUGGGCCUUCAACUGAAAAGACCAGACUCCCCCGAAUGAGGACCCUGUGGACUUAAGGCCAAGCUGGGGUUCUUGAUAGGUGGACCUUUUGGUUACUGCACCACACCUUGGACCAGCAUGAUUGUAGGGUGCAGGGGCUUUUUGUCUUGGGAGUCAGUUGCCUUCAGCAGACAAAGCAUGUUUGGGAUAGUAGCCACCUCAAUGCCCAUCAUCUCAGGUUGAUUUCUGUGGCCUAGAAAGGGUCUUUUUGGCUAGGGCCAGCCCACAGUGAAACCAGUAGCCUCCAAGGGGCUGCAGACAACAAAAUGGCUAAAAUUGGUAUGUUAGGGGAACUACUCACUUUGGGUUGGGCUGGGCCACUAACAGGGCCUGGUGGUCCAACCUGGCUCAUCACCAGGAGGAGGGAAACUGAGGCAUGAGGCAGAUACCUAAGUUUGGAAAGGGAUAGGUUUAGCCCAGUCCUCUAACACCCAUACCUCGAGCUGUCAUGGUGUGUGGACUCGACAGGAAUCCAGCAGCCUGAGGUGGGACACAGCCCAUGCCCCUUCUGGGGUGCUGCUCCCUUCCCCCUUGUCGUGAGGAGCCCUCCUGCCUGGGAGCUUGUUCUCCGGAGGGCUCUGGGUCCAAAGAGGAAACAAUCAAGUGCUCCCACCCCCACUGGCCUGUUUAUAGGGUUCUUAUGUGGGGGAUGAAAGCCAUGCCCCGCUUCAUUUCCCCUCCCUCUGGAUUUGUUACUAUUUUGCACUCAACACCUGCCAAUAAAGAUCGUCUACACUGA